UGGCAGCAGUGACAUCCCAGCCUUCCUCCUCCAAGUCAACAGCAUUUGCUUUUGGAUACAACCAUGAGUGCUAAGAUCGUCGUGGUAAUGGUGUUCCUGGUGAGCAAGGUGCUGGCCGAUCCCUCUGACACCUACGGCCCUCCUGUGCACCAGCCAGCAUACCAGGAGCCAAUCCCGUACAACUUCGCCUACGGAGUGAGCGACGAGUACGCGGGGACAGAUUUCAGCCAAACAGAGGAGUCUGACGGCAACACUGUCAAGGGAUCUUACACUGUUCUGCUUCCUGACGGUCGAAAGCAGACGGUGACCUACGUGGCUGACCCUUACAAUGGCUAUCAGGCUGAGGUCAGCUACUACGGCGAGGCCCAAUACCCUAGGGAGUACGGCGCCCCCGUUACCUUCAGGCCCCAGGCAUCAUAUCAGCCCCAGCCUUCAUACCAGCAGCCCUCUUACCAGUAGCCGGUAAACAGCCAGCACAGUAUUUAUAAACCAUGUAAUCAAGUACUUGUUUUAAAUAAGUUAAGUUAUAUUUAAAGAAUCAAUAAAUCAGAGAUCUCUGCAUAA